AAGAAAUUAUAAAGCCACUAAAGUGUAAAUUUAAAUCUAGUAAUUUCGCUUGACGAGACUAGAGUAAAUUACCCUAGUGAAAGUCUAGUACACGACAGGAGCGCCAUUGGGAGUCAUCGAUUUAAAUUGUUUAGAACCGGCCCUAACCUAAAAAUAUGGAGACACGAAUAUCAAAAAUUUCUACAAGAGUUUCUCAUCUAUGAAACUACUCUGUGGUGGCGUCAUUGUAGAAUAUGAAUUUAAAAGAGUGACAGUUGAUCACGUCCAAUCCUGCCUCGUGAAUGAAAUUUAAUUAGUUUGUAUUUGUAAAAGUUUAUGUACCUAGUAAAUACAAGAAUAGUCCAGCAAUUUCAUUCAAAGUUAUUCGAUUAAUCUGUGAGUUUCCUUUAACACGCGUACAAACAAAAUACAAGAAUGGCCGAAUUGUCUAUAUGGGAACCAACAUUGGAAGAAACUAUGGUAAAACUUCGAAGUACAUUAGGCCUGUUAUACCAAAUAUGGGAAGAGAUAGGAUUUACAAAAGAAACCCGUUCCAUGUAUUGUGAACAGGUAUUUUGUCACAUAAAUGACCUCUUACAAGAAAUGGUUUCAGAAUCACAACUGAAAAAAGAAACAAUAUUAAGCAAUGUUACUCAAUUAAUGGAUCAAAUUUCUUCUACAAGUAAGGAAUUAGGAAGAGAAGUACAAACGACUGGAUAUGAAAAUUAUUCAUUGAAAGACCUAGAGCAAGUGCUAUCUUCAGAUUUACAAAAGCUGCAAUAUUGUAAAGAUCAGCGCAUGACACUUUUAAAGGAAUUGCGUGAAAAGGAACAAUCCCUUUGUCGAGUACUUGGUACUCAACCAAUUAAUCUAAAGGAUAGUUUACCAUCUGAAGAGGAACUGGAGAGUUUCAAACUAUAUCUGGAAAAGCAGGAAGGCGAGAAGAAUCGUCUAGAAUCAGUUUUUAAGGAAAUGCGCAGAACGAUCAUCAAAAUGAUGGAUGACCUGGGCAUUUCUCCAUCCACAAAUUUUGAACAUUUUAUAUACACAGAUAGUGAAAACUUUGUUUGCAAUAACAUUAAUAUGACCAAGUUGAGAGAACUUAGAGAUGAUCUUAAACAUCAGGUAGAUAAGGCAAAGGUACAUGUAGAGGAUCUUAAACAAGAGCUACAUGAAAUAUGGAAAUACCUUGAUGAACCAGAACGUAUUUGUCAAUCCUUUCUUACUAGUUAUGUUGGAUACAGUGUUGCAACUAGAAAUGCAUUACAAGAAGAAUUAGCAAGAUGUAAAGAAAAAAGAAAGCAAAAUAUUGCAAAAUAUGUGUCACAAGUAAGAGAUCAAUUGGUGAAUUUAUGGGAUUUAUGUAAAUUCAGCGAAGAGCAAAGAAAACAAUUCCAAUAUUUUCAUUGUCAGACAUACACAGAAGAUUUACUGACAUUACACGAGCUUGAAGUAAAAAGAGUACAGGAAUUUUAUAAGAAUUACAAGGCUAUAUUUGAACUCUUAGAAGAACGUGACAACUUGUGGACAAAAAUGAAGGAACUGUUGCAACGUGCAAAUGAUCCAGAUCGUUUCUACAAUCGUGGUGGUCAGUUAUUAAUGGAAGAGAAAGAACGUAAGACAAUUCAAAAACAAUUACCAAAAAUAGAAGAGCAACUGAAGAAUUUAAUAAAAGAGUAUGAAGAAAUACAUGGGGAAGAAUUUACUAUAAAUGGAGUAACAAUAGAGGAAUUGUUAAAAGAGUCAUAUGAUCAUUUGAAUGAAGAAAAGGAAACAAUAAAAAAGGCUAGGAAAGAGGCAAAAGAUAAAUCAGUGAAAAAAAUAACUUUAAGUGCUUCUAGGAGACUCACACCCAAUUCAUCAAAGAAAACACCAGGUAUAUUAAGUACUCGUCGACAUACACCACUGAGUACAUCAAAGAGAAAGUUGUUGUUCACUCCAUCUCCAAAUACAUCAGCAAAACGUAGGAAUCUCAGCAGUGUUACUGGAUCUAAAUUGAGGAGGAGUGCAAAAGUUACAAGAAAAAUCUUACAGUCUGGAAAAAAAAUAAUUAAAAAUAAGCAAGAUGAAGAAAAUUCUAUGUCGCAAAACUCUGCAGGUACAGAUACAACAUAUAAUCAAUUCAAAGAACAUUUAGAAGAUAAAGGAGAAUUACGAAGCUCUUUAUUACCAGAACAAGUACUAACAAAUGCAACUAAAUCAAGAAUGAAGACACCGGUACGAACUCCUGCUAAACCAAUGCGAAAAAAUUUACCAUCCAAGUUAACACCUACAACUCCCAAAGUAAUGCAGUCACAAUUAGUUAAAUCACCUCGCAGUCCUAGGCUUGUACAAUCAUCAAAACUUGCUCCAGUAUCAACACCUUUACCUAUCAUUUUUUAAAAUAGUUCUAACAAAAAUCCUUGCAAGUAAUUCAAAUUUUAAUUCAUAUAACAUGAUUUCUAAAUAUUUUAAGUUUAAAACCAAUAAUAAUUUUUUAUAUAUUUUAAAGUUAAUGACUUUAGGGAAAUAUUACUUAAUUAUUAUAGGUUAUGUGUCACGUAUGUGUAAUAGAUGCUUACAUGUGUAUAAUUGGCAGGGUAAUACUCUUUUAUGUUAUUUCUUUGAAUGUAUAAUGCUAAUUUGUUAAUGCGUCUUUCAUGUUUUAUUAUUUAAAUGCAAUCUUUUGUAUAUGUGUGUAUUCACUACAAAUUAUAAAACAAAUUAUUAUUGUAUACAUGAAAUAGUGUAUUUACAAAGUUGGAUUGUAAAUAAAAUUUCAGUUCUGAA